AUGAUACAUAAUUUCAUCCAGAGAGUGGACGACAACGACGACAUGCUGCACCAACCGCUUACCAUUACCAGGCCGUCUAUUUCUCGGUCAGCACGGUCUUCUUCAAGCAGCUCGACCGUCCACUCCUCCCCCGCCGCAACCACCGUUAUCAAGCCCAGUUCAUCCGUAAUCAAGCUCCAAUUCAUCAACACAGCUCACCCCAGUGAAUCUACCUCUGCCAAACGCAUCAGCCAGAUCCGGUCUCACGUAGCCAAGGACUCCCAUGCCCGGCGCCGCCAGCGCAAGGCGUCGUGCAAGACCGGCAAGGCCUGCUGUUCAUCAUCUGCAACUGCAACUUCAGCCGUGGCUGCGGAUUCGCCCGCCCGGACCGAGAGCCCGGACGACUCCACCUCCACAAAGAAGGCGGUUGCACUGCCAGUUAGAGCACGGCUCCCGCAGUCUUCGUUUCUCGAUGGAAAGGAGGGGGCGCUCUCCCGGGGUUUUCGGAGAAUUGCACCAAAGACGGGAGCCCUGAAUCGGAAUGCGGAGGUGCCUUGCCCGCGGCAGAUGAUUGGCGAUGCGAGGAGGGAUGUGUGGAACGGGGCCUUUGCCUGGGAUUUGACGGAUGACGAAUACGCAACGUUUAAUUUCUACUUGGAUUGGGUUCUCAAGUAUGGCUAUGAAAUCUGCUUCCCCCGCGACCAGGUUGCUACCGUCAUGAAGCGCAUGAAAUCAUCCUAUGUUCCCUUUGCCAUCAAAUACCCUAGCCUCCUCGCCUGUAUUUUCUACAUUGCCUAUCACAGGCGCGCCCUCAACACGAAAGACCCGGAAGAGGCAGCCAAGUGUUACUUUAUGGUAGAACGCUACCGGCUUGCCUGCAUCGAAUCUAUGAAGAGGGCAAUCGAGGGUGAAGAGCGGCCGACGUAUCAGACUAUUACGCUGGCUAUGCAGUUGUGUUCAGAAGCGUAUUUUGAGGGUCACAGCGAUGUCUCAUUUACCCAUGCCCAUGCCGCAAGGACCAUGGUAUCAGCAAGAGGAGGCCUCGAGAGCUUUGAGAACGCGGGUGUCUAUAGCCUCCUCUCUUUCUUGCUGGCAACAUCAGUGUACAGCGGGAAUUACUGGUUCGUUCCUGGCUGUGCGAGGGCGCCUGAGGACUAA